GACAAACAACUAAUCUCAAAGGUUCACGUGAACCUUUGGCUCAGAAGAGAUUAUAAAAUAUACCUAAGUAGAUGAAAAUGUAAAAACAAAAUAGGUGCUGAUAUAAGAGAAACAGUCCAUUCGAUGUGUUUUCUGUGCGCACUUAUUGGGACACGAUUUACGGAGUUCGUAUAGCUUUCGAGUGGUAACUAACGUGUUGUAAAAUCAAUACUGGGGAUUUUUAUCUUGUGUACCCCUAUUGCCAGUCAUUCAUACAAAAUUUACCUGCGUAAACCUGUGAAAGACGACAUGGCUGCACUCAAUGGGAAAUGGAAAUUGACAGAGGUGCAGGGAUUCAGCGAGUAUAUGGACGCUAUCGGCGUCAGUGGAGACAAUAAAGAGAAAGGGUUGAAGAUGCUGAUGCCGGAGAACGACAUCGUCCAGGAAAUAGCGAUAGACGAUGAAGAUGUGUCCAUCAAAACAAUAACGCCGCUCUCCACGAUGGAUCAGAAGGCCAAACUGAACACGGAAAUCGAUGUUAAUGCUCUUGAUGGACGCCCGAUGAAGGCAACUUUCAAAUUUGAUGGAGAAAAACUUGUAGAGGAACAAAAAGGUUCGUUCGAAUCGGUCAAUGUCAGAUUCGUCCAGGAUGGGAUGCUUAUCAUGAGUCAGACGGCGAAUGGUGUGACGUCCACCAGAAAAUACACCAAAGUCUGAAGCUGGUGUUUCCACGUACUUACACCGUCUCCAGAAUAUUUUCCCAGACUUCAACAGUUAUUGUCAAUGCUAGUCUCCGAGACUUCCUGCUGUCUGUUCUUAGUACAAUAAAUCAUUUAUUUACUCUUCAAA